AUGGAAACAACCAGUCCGGCGCUGGACGACACACCUGUGGCGUUGUCCCCCAACCCAUUGCCCAACCCAGAUCCGACUCCCCCCACCCCAGCUCCUGGGACCAAUAAUGAUGAUCCCAAUGCCUACGUCGACAAACUGUUUCGUCACUGGGCCAAAAAUUCACGCCUAGCGUUUCUCAACAGCCAUCUGGCCACUUACCGCGAACGCAUCAAUCGAGGCAAAUCACAAGCAACCGACUAUGUAUAUGAGGUCGUGGAAGAAUAUUUCAAACAUUAUCACUGGAAAAUGAAGAUAUCGGACGAGCCUUUGGAAAACAAUCCUUUGCAAAUGGAGUUAGAUGAGUCACUUUCCCCAAUCGAACUGAUGCAAAAAUCGCAAAAAGUUCUUGCGAUGCAGAAGGCGAUCAAGAGCUGGCUAGAAUAUCGUGCUAAGUCCCCAAACAAGUUGAUCGUACGCCGCGGCAAGCCGGAGAACAACGAAUGGACUCGACUUCUCAGCCAGCUCUCUGGAGUACGAAAACAGAAGCCGAAGGCCUUGCAAGCCCACCAGCGAUGGUCAAAAGAUCACUUCAAGACUGAAAUCAAGUCCCACUUUCUCAAAAAGUGGCAUAAGGCUGGGCUACCUAGCAAGAAGAUGGCAACCUUUCGUGAUAGGAUCACGCGCAAACGUUUCAAGAAACUGUCCAAAGAAGAUCAGAAGCAUUGGAAAGAUACAGCGCAAGCUGAAGGUGAAGCUGCAGUGAAAGAAUGGAAUGAUCGCCUUGCAGCUCCUCCUUCCACAUCUCCCAUCGAUAGACAAGCGGCUCUGGAUAACCUCGCAACGUUUGCUGGGCUGGUUCUCGCUGGUAUGGCCGAAAUCCUUGGCAUGCAUGUCUCCCUUUUAGUCGGUGGACCUGAACCUCGCAAGCAAGGGAAAAUUACCGUCGUUAGUAUGCAUGAGGGCGUUGACUUAGGUCUCGCACCAUGCAAUUGGCAAACUCGAGAUAAGACCAAGUUCAAAAUGGACUGUGAUUCCCGUCGCCUCCAGGACGAUUUAGAUGGCUUGUUCUCUAUUUCGCAGGAAGGCAACCAAUCUGACGCCGAAGAAGAACACGAAGCAACCAAAUUGGCAACAGCCAAAUAUAGACCCAAGAAGAAAUCAAAGCAGCAAGGUACGAAACAGCGACGUGCUUCUCGACGCAAGCCUUCUGAGGCUUCUGAGGCGGACGAAUCGUCUUUGGAAUCAUCUUCCCCAUCCUCCGGCUUGUCUUCAUCUUCAUCUUCCUUGUCUUCAACUUCAUCAAGCUCCACCGAUAGCGAAGAUGAACAUCAGGGUUCCAGACAGGUACUUCCAUUUUCACCACCCAAGGGAAAUCAUGGUGUCACAAUCUUUAAUCCAUGCCACCAGAAAUUAGCUCUCCAACACCUUGAAGCAAGGAAGAAGGAUCGCCUGGUCAACAUGCCGUCUCCUGCAUCUGAAGUACCAGAUCAUUUGUCGCAAGUGUCGUCUUGUGUGUCUGAAGUGCCGGAUGACACUGAGGAAAUUGACCAACUCAAUGAAGACAGCUCCAUUAUUGAUGGAAUCACAUCUGCUGCCAUAAUUGAGCCACCUGCUGCACCUUUCGACGACAAUCUCAUUGAUCCACGUAUCAGAGAUGACCCUGUCAUGGCUGCUAACCAACUCCCCAAGCCUAUCGAUAAUCACGACAUGGAUGAGACACCUUCUGCCGAACGAGACACGGAAGGGGCUGAGGAUAAUCAUGACAACCCUCUUAACAUGACUCUUGACAAACAUGUGGUUGACUCAAAUCGGGUUACAGACGCCUCUCCUGGUGGCAACAUAUCGCUCAGUUUAUCUACACUGACAUCCAGCCCACCAUGGUUCAGCGAUCUGCUCCGGCAGUUGAUGGACCCCACCCCAACUUCUCCUCAGCUGAUACAGUUGUUUGACAAGCUGGUGCGCCUUGAGGAUGCAUCAAGCUUCACGAAUGAGAAAGCCGCCUUGGGAUGCAAACAUUGUCCAGUCAAAGUCCACUGGUGGAUUUCCCGUGGACGUAAAGGGAAACCAACCAUACCUAAUCUCGCCUCAUUCAUCAUGCAAUGGUGGUAUUGGUGGCUAGUACUUCAACCGGAGUGGAGAAGCUGUCAGGCGCCAACACUUACGACAUGUGCAAUUCUCCCUCGCACAGAUGACGGGAGUUUGGACUGCCUGAAUAAACCAGGUGCAAACGGCAUGCUCUCAGUCGUGGCUACAUUGAAGUGGUGGGCAGACAACACUGAUGGAAAAGACUCAUGCUGGCAGGAGGCUGUAGACGACGUCAUGUGGGUUUUGGACCGACUCAUAGCAAGUCGUUCUGCGUUGAAGUCUAUGGUUUCCGGUGGGAACAAGAAACGGGGCCGUUCUGAUACUCAGGCCAACACACCAUCAUCGAAGAGGACGCGUAAUCGGCAGUAA